AUGGCCUUGCAGCUAGGACCUCGAACAGGUGAAAAGCGUAGGGUCCGUGGGAAAAAUAAAUGCAAGGAAGUAGCUGAUCUCAUGGGGUCCCAAAAAAUUAAAGUCCGGUUUUACAAUAACUGUGCGCUUUGCAAAGGUUUUGCACGACACUUGGGUAGAAUCGUCCGUAAUCCUAGAAUUACACCGAUGAGGGUAAAGGAAUGGUCCAAUAUUACUGAUGCAGCUCGGAAACAUAUAUUUGAUGCAAUUAAGGACAAGUUCGAAAAUAUUGACAACAACAUUGCAAUAGAUGUGUACAAAGAUGAGAUAUUAGACCAUGUCAAGAAACUUUGGAUCAACUGGCGUGGAGACUUGCACCGGCAUUUUGUGAAACCCAACAAGACUAUGCGGGAGGCUAUGAAAAAGGUACCUAAAGAUAUUCCGAAGGAUGACUGGGAAUGGCUUGUGAAGGAGCAUUUUUUCAGCAAGGAGUUUCUGAAAAAGAGCAAGAGAAACACCCAAAACAGAGCUAACCUCAAAAUGCUUCACCGAUCUGGCAGUAAACCCUUUAGACAGAUAAUUUGGGACAUGGUACACGAUUUAACUUCUCUUGUUUUUCAUUUCCAUAAUAUAAUAUCAGUGUGA